UGAGGGAGAAAGGCAGCGGGAGACGGCCGCCGAGAUUCCCCCAUCUCUUUGAAUAUAAUUUUAGAUUGAGAUUCAGAUUAAAUCCGAGGGGAAAACACUUUAUGAGGCUGAAAGCUGUGUCGUUGCCAGAGCCAGGGUUAUGAGCUAUCAAAUGCAAUUACAUUAAGACAGAUUAUACUGGGCAAAUUGAGCCAUUUAGAAGGUGAGAAUCAAAGAAACGGCUCUGAUCCUCUCUUCCCUGUUCUCUCUCCCUCUCCUCCCCCCCUUUAAAUUGCAGUUCGUAGUUCCUUGCAAUUCUGAGGCACAAAAGUAGGUGAGACUGCUUUUGUAUCUGCGAAGUGCUUCACUCCUGAAUGUAAUUCUAGCUGAGUGCAAUCUAGGUUAAGAGCCGGACAAGCGGGUAAUUAGAGCCCGCUCGCUGCCCGAGGACCGGUCGCCCCGCCGAAGCGCGCCCGGAGUCGGCGCCCUUCUCCCGGCCGAGCCGAGCUGCGGCUGGACACGGAGCGCCCGAGAUGAUGGUGCUGGACAAGGAGGACGGCGUGCCGAUGCUCUCCGUCCAGCCCAAAGGGAAGCAGAAGGGCUGUGCGGGCUGCAACCGCAAGAUCAAGGACCGCUACCUGCUGAAAGCACUGGACAAGUACUGGCACGAGGACUGCCUCAAGUGUGCCUGCUGUGACUGCCGCCUGGGCGAGGUGGGCUCCACCCUCUACACCAAGGCCAACCUCAUCCUGUGCCGACGCGACUAUCUGAGGCUUUUUGGCACCACAGGAAACUGCGCCGCCUGCAGCAAGCUCAUCCCAGCCUUUGAGAUGGUGAUGCGCGCCCGGGAUAACGUAUAUCACCUCGACUGCUUCGCUUGCCAGCUGUGCAACCAGAGAUUUUGUGUGGGAGACAAAUUCUUCCUGAAGAACAACAUGAUCUUGUGUCAGAUGGACUAUGAGGAGGGACAGCUCAAUGGCACCUUUGAAUCCCAGGUUCAGUAAUGCCCGGCGCCUGGCCUCCUGGCCCAUCUGUCCGUCUGCCUGUCUGCCUGUCUACCCACCCGCCUGGCCGACCAGCCACUCUCCUGCCGAUUAGAACUCCUCUGUCCUCGAUGGGAGGGACGGCCCUUCCUCCGCUGCCCGUCUGUGUGUGACCCUCCUGGGGCCAGGCUGGGCCUGUACAGUCUGUCUUCUGUAUAUAAAUGGGAACAUUUAUUUUAUGAGAAAUGUAAUGCGAUUUUAUUACUGGCGUGGAUUAAACUUAUGAAUGUUU